GGAGAAAGUGCCAAGAUUGACACAGACGGAGGAACGACGAAGUGAAAUCAAGGAGCGCACACAAAAAGAAAUUCCGCCGUGAGGAUCAACGGCCGUCGAUUCAACCUCCGCCGCCUCCUCCUCCGUUGUCCGACGCUAAUUCCGGUGUCUCCAUAUUUGUGACGCAUUGCGAGCUUUUUAACGUACAUAUUAUAUAAUUUCAACGUCAAUUACCUUUGCAAUAGUUUGACAUUUGCAUUUCUGUUGCGAGACCUAGUGGAUCAAAUGGAUGAGUUCAGUAUGUUAGCGAAAGAUUUUGGGUUUCGGCCUCAAGGAAAAUCUGCUCCGAUGAAAUCGAUUGGUGGAGAUCGCCGGAGCCGAAAUUCACCGUCAUCAGCAACAUUCGCUGCCGAUGGGAAGGAUAUUUUUAACGACGUCUUUGGCGGUCCGCCUAAAUACACCAACAACAACUCGAAAUCGACAUCUUCAAUGUCUGAUUUCGAUUACGAUUCGAUUUUCAAGGACUCUGUAUCGCCUAGUAAUAAUGAAACUAAAACGAAACCUACGUCUUCGAAUUCGCCGGUUUAUGAUAAGCCUGUGUAUGAUGACGACAUUUUCGAUGGAUUGCCAGGGAUAAAGAGCACGCCAGUAUCUUUUUCUUCCCCGGGGAGGUACGAUGAUAACAUUUUUGCAUCAAUGAGUAGUUCACCGCCUAAACCGAGUCCACAGAGUGGUCAUUUCGAUGAUCUAUUUAGUAGUUUAGGACGAACAGAGAAGGCUCAACCGAGCAAGAAUCAAAGUAAUAAGAGUCCAGGAGGUUUUGAUGAUUUGAUCCCUGGCUUCGGAAGCGGCAGUCCUGCAUCUGGUACCAGAUGGAAUUCAGAUCCAAGCCCAAAAUCAGCUAUCAAAAGAAAGGAAAAAUCUAAUGCAGCAGAUGACCCAUUUGCAGUGCUAGAAUCUAUGUCAACCCCUGUUGCUUCAGCUUCAUCCCAGGGUCUUUUCACAGACCCACUAGAAGAGAUAAGCAGAAUUGGUAAAUCCAAGAGCACAAAAAAAGGUGGGGAUGUGUUUGGUGACAUAGACUCCCUUAACGGUUUCAAUAAAUCUUCUUCACCUUCUUCAUCCGCAAAGGAGACAAAUAACAGGGGAAAGUGUUCAGAAGAAGGCUCCAGUAUAGGCAGUGCACGAAGCUCUAUAGAAGAAUCAUUCUCACAGAAGUCACCUUUUGAGGAUCAUCAAAGCGUCUUUGACAUGCCAGCUGUUUCUAGAAACUCUCCCACUUCACAUACCGAUACAAGUUCUCAGGCGGGCCCAUCCCCAAAAUCAGAAGAGAAUGACAUAUGGCUGACUGUGUCAGAGAUCCCUCUGUUCACAGCGGUUACUAAAGCUCCACCACCUUCAAGACCCCCUCCUCCUAUACCAAGUCCAAGGCAAUCAUCUUCUCCGUUAGAUGAGCUUGAGAGUUUUGUAAGGGAAAAGGAACACACGAAUGCUUCUAGAAGUAAAGAAGUAGAUAGAGAGGAACAAGAGAAAGAGAGGGUGAGGGAGAAAACCAGACAAGCUGUAGAGAGGGCUACAAGGGAAGCUCGUGAAAGAGCUGCAUCUGAAGCUCGGUUAAAAUCGGAAAGAGCUGCUGUUCAGCGAGCUCAAGCUGAGGCUCGUGAGAGGGCGGCUGUUGAGGCUAAGGGAAGAGCAGAAAGAGCUGCUGCUGAAGCCAGAGAAAGGGCUUCAGCAGAAAAAGCUGCUUCAGAGGCCAAAGAGAAAGAAGCACGUGAGAAAGCUGCUGUUGCAAAGGCUCAAGCAGAAGCAAGACGUAGAGCAGAGCGUGCUGCUGUUGAAAGGGUCACUGCUGAGGCUCGUGAGAGAGCCGCUGCAGAAGCUCGAGACAGGGCUGCCGCUGCUGUUAAGGUGAAUCAACAAAAGAAUGAUAAUGAUCUGGAUUCCUUUUUUAACAUGGGUUCCCGACCAAACAGUGUGCCAAAAUCAAGGACAUCUUCUGACUCUGCAACUGAUCCACUGUCUCAGGAGAGACGAGUCCCAGAAGUGGCCCACAGGGCUUCUUCCAGUGCUGGCGCUCCUUUCAAUGUGAGGAAAACAUCUCCCACCACCAAUUUUGUUGACGAUCUUAGCUCAAUUUUUGGAGGUGGAGAAUUCCAAGAUGUUGAAGGGGGGGAAACUGAGGAACGAAGAAGAGCUAACAUGGAAAGAGACCAACGCAUCGAGGAACGAGUGGCUAAAGCACUGGCUGAAAAAAAUGAGCGAGAUAUGCAAUCUCAGAAGGAACAGGAAGAAAGACAAAGGAUUUCUGCAACUUUAGAUGUUGAAAUCAAGCGUUGGGCUGCAGGGAAGGAAGGAAAUCUGCGAGCAAUGCUAUCAACGUUACAAUAUGUUCUUUGGCCUGAAUGCGGUUGGCAGGCUGUUUCAUUGACUGAUUUGAUCAGUGGUGCGAGUGUUAAAAAAGCAUAUAGAAAGGCUACUUUGUGUAUCCAUCCUGAUAAAGUGCAACAAAAAGGAGCUACUCUUCAACAGAAAUAUGUCGCCGAGAAGGUUUUUGACCUCCUUAAGGAGGCUUGGAACAAGUUCAAUUCAGAGGAGCUCUUUUAGUCUGUCAUACAAUUAAUCCGUAAAAUAUAUACACAGUCUUCACGUGAGCUGGGAUAUCAUUGUACAUGUAUGUGUGUUCAUUGUUGCAUAUUGAUCGUAUGCAAAAAGGUACAUUUCUUCUUGGAUUUCAUUUUUUGUUUUUCCAAUUUAAUUGUAUAAUUUUCCCCCUUUUAGUCCUAUUCUUUUGUUCAUCGAUUGACCUAGGAUGAUAGAGAUUACUAAUUCCAUAGGAUGGAUAGCUCUUUAUUUCUUUUAUUAUGUUAUUCAAUUUAUAUGCAUUGUUCAUAUCAUCAGGUAACACGAAUUUUAUUGUAAGGCAUG